AUGGAAGCGAUGGAGCAACCUGCUCAGCAGAAAUGCUGCGUUUGCUUCGAUGAGCUCGCAGAAGAGCAGGGCAUUUUAUGCGGCGCUGAUGAGCCACAUUUCCUUUGCGACACGUGUUUGCAGAGCCUCACUCACAGCUGCAGUGAAGCCGCCGUUUAUACUCAGAGGCGGAGAGAAGGUCGCAUCAAGUGCCCGGCACUGGGGUGCUCAAGCCAACCUUACUCACACCAAGUACUGGCAGCGCACUUGUCGCAAGAAAGCUUUGAUGUGUAUUUGCAAGCCAUUUUCAAGGUGGUCGAAGCGGAGGCUUUAGCCGGCACAGCUACUGACACUACCACUGAGUGGGUUGAGCUUCUUCGGAGGCAUGUGGUUGAGGACAUUUUGACCUUGAAAUGCCAAGCUUGCGGUCAAGCCUUCGUUGACUUCGAUGGCUGCUUCGCUCUGCGAUGCAGUAGAUGCCUUGCUGGGCUGUGCGCGUGGUGCGGCAAAUCCUGCGCAAACCAGACUGUGGCACAUGAUCACGUAAGGGCAUGCCCCUUUGCACCUCAUCAUGACCAGCUGUAUGGGACAAGAGAGCAGUUUGAAAAGGCAUCGCGGGAAAGAAGGCUUGAACGUCUCAACCGGUUCCUCACAGCUGUGGAGCGAGGAACUCGACAGCGAUUGCUGCAUGUGUUGCAGCCGGAAUUGCGAGAUCUUGGGUGCACAUUUGAAAGCACACGGUUUCUGUAUCCCCGCCCAGCCCGGAGAAAGCGGUGGCUUUUGCUGGGUUUUUUCCUGUGUGGUUGUCUCAUUUUACCUUGGAUACUUGCUGCGAGGCACCCUGCCGAGACUUUGCCUGAUGUCUUAGAAGAAGCAGAUGGAGAAGUGCAAUCUUACGUGCACAAAGCCCAGUCGGCUUGCAUCUCAAAGGUUUUCAAAUUAUGGUCAGAUGUGGAGGAUAUUGGUUUUGAAGUUGCCAACGUGUCUCCUCAAAAAGAUCCAGGCCAGCCAGGCUGGAAGAGUGCAAUUGACGAGAUUUUCUUCCUGCCCCAGCGAGUGCAGAUUGUGCUGGCGUUUAUGACUGUCUUGGUCGUCGCGUUUUGUCUUGGGCUUCCCGUCGCAUUCUUGGGACUGGUCCUGGAGAUGGAAUUGGUCCAACACUUUCUCCGGUGGUGCUACUUCCGCGGAGGAAGGUGGCUGCAGUUUUUUCGUGCUUUGCCCUCUCCAGCAGCAGACAGCUUUCGUAAGUUCGUGGAAGAACGAGGUGAGUUGGCAAGAAGAGCUGCUCACACCGGUCGCUUGAAAGCUACACAGGUGCAGCACACGCCAACCUGUUGA